CGAUUUUGGCUCAAGCCAUUCUGGCUCGAGCUCAAGCCACCGCGGUGCAAGCGCUGCCCCCGGCAGCAGCCGAGCCUCUGUAGCUGCAGCGCGUGGCGUCCGAUGCGCGGCGUGGGGCAGGCGCUGGCCCGCUCGACCGCCUGGCCUGCAAUGCUGGCCAUGCUGUGUGGCCUGCCCUUCGUGCUCUUUGGGCCUCUCCGCGCCAGCAAGGUGCUGGGCAGCGGACGUGUGAUGCAGCCACGACCUGGGAGCGCCUCGGGCCCCACUGCGCGCGGUGCCAGGAAGGGCACCGUCCCGGACCCGCAGGAGUGUUCUCACAACCGCGAGGCUGCUCUUCGGGAGUACCGGAUGCACGGCGGGAGGCUGUUUUUUACCUAA